AUGGAGCGGCGGCGCGGGGCGCGGGGCGGCGCGCGCGCGGGGCCGAGGCCGGCGUCCCGGGCCGCCGAGGCGGCGGGCUCGCAGCUCUGGCUCUUCCCCGACGCCGCCGGCCUGCGCGGCGCGCUGCCCCGCAGGGCCGAGGCCACGCGGCAGCUGAGCUGGGCGCGGGAGCGCCUGGUGCUCGUGCAGCGCGGCGGCGCGGGCGUCGAGGUCCUCCCGCUGGCGGCGGCCGACGGCAGGAAGCCCAAGUGCAUCAAGUUGGGGAGGAAGACGAAGAUCCACUCGGUGGCCCAGGGGGCGGAGUCGCUGCUGGCUCUGUCCUCCGACGGGAAGCCCUUCGAGUACGGCUUCCGCGCCGAGCAGGCCAGGUUUCAGUGUAUUUUACAAGAUAAAAUUAUAAUUCAGAUCACGUGUGGAGAUUAUCAUUCCCUUGCACUCUCAAAAGGUGGUGAGCUUUUUGCAUGGGGCCAGAAUGUGCACGGCCAGCUCGGAGUGGGAAGAACCUUUGCCUCGAGCCCCACGCCACAGGUGGUGGAACACCUCUCAGGAGUCCCCCUGGCACAGAUUUCUGCAGGAGAAGCGCACAGCAUGGUCUUGUCCAUGUCAGGAAAUGUUUACUCGUGGGGAAGAAACAAUUUUGGACAACUAGGCCUGGGCCACACUGACAAUCAAGGCUCUCCUUCUCGAGUCGGAUCCCUGGACAGCCACACGGUGGAGUUUCUGGCCUGUGGUGGCUCUCACGCUGCUCUGCUCACUAAGGAUGGGCUGUUGUUUACCUUUGGUGCUGGAAAAUUUGGACAGCUUGGUCACUGUUCAACACAGAAUGAACUGAGACCCCGUUUGGUGACUGAACUCGUUGGCAAUAGAGUGACUCAGGUCGCGUGUGGAAGGCAGCACACACUCGCCUACGUUCCUGGCUUGGGCAAAGUCUUCUCUUUCGGGGCCGGGAGAGAAGGGCAGCUGGGAAGUGGCGGCACACGGAACCAGCUGAGACCACGUCCCAUGAGAGCGCCCACCAAUGAGGAGCUCCGGUUCGAAAGCCGCAUCUCUGGAAAGAAGUUAAUAAUGAUUGCUGGAGGGAAUCAAAGCAUUUUGCUCUGGAUGAAAAAAGAGAAUUCCUAUGUGAAUCUGUGGAGGAGAAUACCAACACUGAAUAAGGGGACGAUAAAGAGAUGGAUUGCUGGUGUGGGGACCAAGCAGUGGCAGAACACAAAAAGGGAGAUCAGAGAGAUAUUUUCAUCCCCUGCUUGUCUGACUGGCAGUUUUUUAAGAGAAAGGACAGCUGAAGAAACCGUAUCUAUCAACUUGGACAUGAAUACAGCAAGAAAUGCCUUUAAGGAGCUAGCCCAAAAGGAUUGGAUUACUAACACGAUCACCACAUGUCUCAAGGAUAAUCUGCUCAGAAAUCUCCCGUUUCAUUCUCCACACCAAGAGGCUUUAGAGAUUUUCUUCCUCCUCCCGGAGUUUCCCAUGAUGCAUGAGUGUAGCAACUGGGAGAGCCUGGUGGUGCCGUUUGCAGAAGCUGUUUGUAAGAUGAGUGACCGGUCUUCAGGCCUUCUGGAGGGGUACUGGGCCUCCCUCCAGGAGUCCACUUUCAGCACGCUGGUCCAGAUGUUCAAGAGGGCCGUGCUUGCACUGCUGCACUGCUGGACUGAGAGUGACGAGAACAACCGCCACGCCAAUGUCCUCCUGAAGAUGCUGAGGAAGCUCUACAGGGUAAACCAGACAAAGUAUCAACUGCCUGAAAAUAUUUUCAAAAUACACGAGCUCUCUCACUGGCUGGAUUUUUAUGGAGAUGCAUACAAAAGGUCCUUUUGGAAAUUGAACUCAGACACUUCAGUAGACCUCCAGACUCCUGUCAUAUUCAGUCACUUCCCAUUUAUCUUCAAUAUUCUGGCAAAAAUUAAACUUCUGUAUGCGGACUCACUUUUAAAAAUACAGGAGAAAAAAUUCAGAACUUGUAUGCAGUUGGUUGGCAUUUUGGAACAUGAAGGGUCCGAGCUGUCUUUGCUGCCCAGCCUCACGCUAGUGGUCCGAAGGAGUCACUUGGUUGAAGAUGUUUUGAACCAGCUCCGUCGAUUUGAGAAUGAAGAUCUGCGGAAGGAGUUGCUGGUGUCCUUUGCUGGAGAGCUGGGCUUUAACUUCGGUGGCGUCAAGGCAGAGUUCUUCCACUGCCUGUUUGAAGGGAUGACCCGGCCCGAGUACGGUCUGUUCAUGUACCCCGAGGACGCCUCCUGCAUGUGGUUUCCCGUCAAGCCUAAGUUUGAGAAGAAGACGUACUUCUUCUUUGGGGUGCUCUGUGGGCUCUCCCUGUUCAACUGCAAUGUUGCCAACAUCCCUUUCCCGCUGGCUCUGUUUAAGAAACUUCUGAAUCAGGUGCCAUCAUUGGAAGACUUAAAAGAACUGAGUCCUGUUUUGGGGAAGAGUUUGCAGACGCUUCUGGAUUAUGAAGAUGAUGACUUUGAAGAAGUAUUUUUUAUCCAUUUUAAUGUGCACUGGGACAAAAAUGAUGUUGUCUUGAUUCCUAAUGGAAGGCCCAGAAUUGUCAACCAGACUAACAAGAGAGACUAUGUUUCUAAGUGUGUCAAUUACAUCUUCAACACCUCUGUAAAGGCAGUUUAUGAAGAAUUUCAAAGGGGAUUUUACAAAGUCUGUGAAAAGGAGAUUAUUGAUUUUUUCCAUCCCGAGGAACUGAAGGAUGUGAUUAUUGGAAAUACAGAUUAUGAUUGGGAAACGUUUGAAAAGAAUGCUUGUUACAAACAAGGUUAUGAAGACAGUUCACAUCCCACCAUAGUGAUGUUUUGGAAAGCUUUACACAAAUUGACACUGGAAGAGAAGAAAAAAUUCCUUGUGUUCCUCACAGGGACUGACCGGAUCCAGAUGAAAGGCUUAAAGAUCAUGAGAAUAACGAUCUGCUGCCCCGAGCCCCUGGACGAGAAGGAGCCCCUGCGAGCGCAGGCCUGCGCCAGCACCCUCUUCCUGCCCCCGUACUCCAGCAUGGAGCGCCUGGAGGAGGCGCUGCAGGCCGCCAUCCACAGCAGCAGGGGCUGCGGCUGA